UCUUAGUUGGGUAAGGUUGGUGUACUGAUCUGUCUACUGCCAUCCCUUCGGGCAGCGAUCUGGACCCCUUGCUGAGAAAGAAACCACAUUUUCCGUACCUGUUUCAACAUGCGAGUGCCACUUCUCCCCGUGCUGGUGUUGGUCUCCUUGGCCGCCAUGGCUGUGCUACCGGAAUGUGAAGCGAGGACAUUUUUCUGUGACGGAUUCAAUGUUAGCAUCAAUACCAACAAACUUUCGUACAGAGGUGCCCGUAGCGCCUGUUUGGAACAGAACAUAGGGCUUCUUAGAAUCAAAGAACAUAACUUGCUGAAAAAUUCCCAGUGCUACAAGGAAGUAAUAGGCAGACUUGUCUGGCGGGGACUACAACAUAUAUGGCUUUACAAUAGACAGGGAAAAGGUUCUCUUGAUAUCAAGAGGUCCAGGAUCACUGAGCAGCCGGACGAUUCGCCCAGGCCAUUCAUAUGUGCAAGAGAUUGGGAUGAGUGCAGCACUGAUCCAUGUCCUCAAGGAGAAAUCUGUGUCAAUGGCAAAGGGACUUACAAGUGUGAAGAUCGAAAUGAGUGUGAGGACUCGCCAGAUGUUUGCGAUCCAGGUUUCAAUUGUACAAACACCAUUGGCAGUUACAUGUGUCGUGGAUCACACUGCGGCGCAAUUGAGAUAUCCAACGGUUCACUAGCAAGGACGAGCGUAGAUCAAUCCGUCGAACCCAUCUGCGAAGAUGGCUUCAGUGCAUUAGGAGAAAAGGCUUCUUGCGGUAUAAAUGGCUGGUCCUACAAUGAAUUCAUGUGUACACCAAGAACACAGUGCGAAGCAAAACGAAUUGGCAGCGGGUCAUUAGCAGAUGCGCCUGUUAAUCAUGAUGCCGAAGUAACGUGUAACAACGGCUCCUACAAGGCAUAUGAGGCUAAGGCUACUUGCACCAAGACUGGCUGGUCCUACUCCGAGCCCUUAUGUCCACCAGAUAACCCUAUUGUAUGUAACUGGUACAAUGUAAGCGUCCAUUUGGACCCAGCGCUAUACGCAGAUGCAAAUAGUGAGUGUGAACGCCGCGAUGCAACGCUAUUAACGCAACAAUCCUAUGAUGCAUUGAAACAGUCCCAGUGCUCCAAGUAUAUCAUGUCUGGAUUAAAAAUUCACAAUUUGGCAACCACCUGGUUAAAGACAUCACCUUCAACCGGUGUUGUUUUCACACUGGAAUCUGAAAGCGUUAGCACAGGCCAAUCUGCUAGCCCCUUUGUAUGUGCUAAAGGACUCCGAUGUCCAACACAGAGGAUUGGUAAUGGCUUCCUAGUCGAGAAACCGGAAGAUGAGAGAUUCAGAACCAAUUUCACGUGCGAUGAUGGCUACAGGCCUGCUCCAGGGGCUUGGGCCGAAUGCAAUCAGGCCGGAUGGGUAUUGACCGAGCCCAUGUGUGAACCGCGAGACGUAUGCACUCCAUAUCAUAUCAGUAUCCACGAGGAUCCUGCACUAUACUCGGACGCCGCUAGGCAGUGUGAACUACGCAAUGCAUCGCUUCUCAGCAAAGCAGAGCACGAUAAGUUGGCGGGCUCGGCAUGCUCCAACUACGUCACGUGGACACUUCGGCGCAUCAAUCUGGCGAGCACCUGGCUGAAGGAAUCCCGGUCAGAGGGCAGUGUGUUUAGCCUGGAAUCUGAACCAAUUGAUGCCAGCUCUGGCCAAUCUGCUAGUCCCUUUAUUUGUGUCACAGACCGAAAUGAAUGUCAGGAGGAUGGAGCUGUUUGUGAUGCCUCCUUCACAUGUUUAAACACAAUGGGGAGUUAUGAAUGUCAUCGGCGAGAGUGCGUACCAGUGUACGUUCCUAAUGGCUUUGUGAACACCACACCUGUGAAUCAUGAAGUCUUAGCCACGUGUGACGCAGGUUAUACCACUGUAAACAAAGCGACAUGUACGGAAGGAGGAUGGGUGGCUGGACGCGUUCCACAUCCAGAUCGGCCUACAGUUUUUCACGAUGGGCAUUUAUGUGGAAAACCUGUCGGUUGCCUAAGAAUGGAUAUACCUCAUGGUCGAGUCCAUUCAGCACCACAUCGUGCGAUUGUUUCUGCCACAUGUGAAAAUGGAUAUCAUUCCAUUAAACGGUUUUACGAAUGUGUCAAGGAUAGGGAUGGUGGAUUCUAUUGGGGGAAGAGAUACAACACUGAUGGCUGUUUUCCAUUGAACAGCUGCCCAGAGAAUGCUGGAUCGAAAUAUAUGCUCAGCACGCGAGGUGGCCUGGUACCUACAUAUAGCAAUUUCCUUGAAAAUUGCGCAGCCACUGCUGAAGGUCGUUUGCCAACGUCUUCUGAUUUGCCAUGUAUGAAGCAGAUACUCACGUUUUUGUUUUCAAAGCGCCCGGCUUUCCGAAAAGUCUUCUUCUAUGCUGGUGGGGCAGGCCACGUCCUGACCAUCAGCGAUGAUGGAGAGUUUCACGAGUCUCGUUUAUCACCGGCACAGCGCAACCAAACGUUUCCCGGAGCAGACCUGGUGGUGUGCAUGCCAGCUUGCCAUCAGACGUGAGGGAACAGAGAAAACCGAAGCAUCUGAUUCCAGUCAAGCCGUCUGUCAUACGGACACGAUUUUAUGUUUCUGCGGUGCACGAUUCCAUCUACAUUCCAAUGCUGCCCCCGCGAUGCUUCGUUUAUCUGCUAUAUAUUGCAGUGUGAUCGUACCAGUUUAGCACACAUCUAAUUUCUUUGUUGGAUACGUUUUUUAAAGUUAUUAACUUCAUUCCUUCUUUGAAUACGAUGACUACCAACAUGAUGUCUUGGAAACUUUGGUCUUUGGUGUGUGGU